GUAUUGGACAGAAACGAGCAAAAGUACCAAAAAGAAGUCAAACAGUCAAGAAAGGUCAGGAAAAAAUAUAAAGUGUUCUGCCCGAGUAACUUACUGACCUGAAGAAAAAUCCACAAGGCUGCACCUUUCUCCAACUACCUACAUACCCAAAGCACCAAGAGCACUGAGAGGCUAAGAAGCUGAAAUGAUAAGAUAUAUGAAGGAGGUCCAAGGCAGAAGUAAAACAGAAGUGACAGAAUUUAUCCUCUUAGGACUCUCGGACAAUUCAGAUCUACAAAUUGUCCUCUUUGGAUUGUUUCUGUUAAUCUAUGUGGUGACCAUGGUGGGUAAUUUGGGGAUGAUUGUGUUAAUUAAGAUUGAUCCCUGUCUCCACACCCCCAUGUACUUCUUUCUCAGCAGCCUGUCUUUUGUUGAUGCCUCUUACUCUUCUUCCGUCACUCCUAAGAUGCUGGUGAACCUUUUGGCUGAGAAUAAAACCAUUUCUUUUAACGGAUGUGCUGCCCAGUUCUACUUCUUUGGCUCCUUCUUAGGGACUGAAUGUUUUCUGUUGGCCAUGAUGGCAUACGACCGCUAUGCAGCCAUUUGGAACCCUCUGCUAUAUUCAGUUCUCAUGUCUGGGAAAAUUUGCCUUUUGCUAGUAGCUACCUCUUUCCUAGCAGGCUUUGGGAAUGCAGCCAUACACACAGGAAUGACUUUCAGAUCGUCCUUUUGUGGCUCUAACAAGAUCAACCAUUUCUACUGUGAUACCCCACCCCUGCUCAAACUCUCUUGCUCUGACACUCGCAUCAAAGAGACAUUUUAUAUGAACAACCAUACAACAGUGACUGAAUUUAUUCUUGUGGGAUUUGGGGAUCAUCCAGAACUACAGUGCCUUCUUUUUAUGGUGUUUCUAGUCAUCUAUAUGAUCACCGUGUUUGGAAAUCUUGGCAUGAUCCUGUUAAUCAAGAUUGACUCACGCCUCCACACUCCAAUGUACUUUUUCCUCAGUAACGUGUCCCUUGUUGACUUCUGUUAUUCUUCCGUCAUUACUCCUAAUAUGCUAGUGAAUUUCUGGGUGGAGAACCCAGUCAUUUCAUUUAGCGGCUGUGCCACUCAAUUCUUCUUUUUUGGUUCCUUUGCUGGCGUUGAGGGCUUCCUGUUGGCUGUGAUGGCCUAUGACCGUUAUGUGGCCAUCUGCAAGCCUCUUCUUUACACCGUUACUAUGUCCCCUCAUCUUAAUGUUCUUCUGGUGUUGGUCACAUAUCUUGCAGGCUUUCUGAAUGCUGCCAUUCACACUGGCUUCACCUUUCAGUUGUCUUUCUGCCACUCAAAUGUCAUCAACCACUUUUUCUGCGACACUCCGCCCCUCCUGAAACUCUCUUGUUCCGAUACCGUUAAUGAGGUAGUCAUUUUUGCUUUUGCCAGUGUUAAUGAACUGAGCUGCCUCCUGAUUAUUCUCAUUUCUUAUCUGUACAUUCUUGUUGCCAUCUUGAGGAUCCAUUCUGCUGAAGGAAGGCACAAAGCCUUCUCCACCUGCGCUUCACACCUGAUGGUGAUCACUAUCUUCUUUGGCACAAUUCUGUUCAUGUAUCUGCGCCCCAGCACCAGCUAUGCAAUGGACCAAGACAAAGUGGUAUCCGUGUUUUAUACAGUGAUUAUCCCCAUGUUAAAUCCUCUCAUCCAUAGUCUGAGAAACAAGGAGGUCAAAACUUCCUUAGGUAAAAUUUUUAAAACAACCUCUUUUUACUUCCGUGCUUAG